AUGACGCUGGAUCUCGAGCACCACUUGACCUUUACCUUGGUCUUGGUCGCCUGUCUUGCUCCGUCGCCCUGUGCAACUCCACUAACGCCCGCUCAGUAUGGUGCCUACCACCAUGAUUCUGUCAACAUCACCAUCCACAUGAUAUGUGUUCCCCUAAUUCUGGUCUCGGCCUUUACCAUGGCCACAUACACCGGAACUCUCAUCCAGACCCCAACGUGGCUCACCGUUCCCUACCUUGAUCUCAACCUUGGCACAAUUGCUGCUUUUGUCUAUGCCUCUCUCUACCUUCUCCUGGAGCCAUUUGCUGGCUUCAUCCUCGCCGCUUUCUGCAUGGCCGGCGCUGCCUUUGGCAACUACAUGCGCUCUCAAAACCCUGAGCCUACCUUCCAGUGCGCAUUGGCUCUUCAUCUCGUCUGCUGGAUCAUGCAGUUCAUUGGCCACGGCGCAUUUGAGGGUCGUGCCCCCGCUCUUCUUGACAACCUUGCCCAAGCUCUCUUCCUGGCACCUAUGUUUGUAUGGCUUAAGAUGCUGUUCAUGCUUGGCUACCGCCCAGAGCUGCAGGCUCGUGUAGAGAAGAAGGUCCAGGAGGAAAUCGCAAAGUUCCAGGCCAAAUCAAAGAACGGAAAGGCCCAAUAA